UCCUCCAAAAAGAAAAUUAAAAAAAAAAUCUAACAAUUCCCUUCUCUCUCUCUACAAAAUGGAACCCAACGAAAGCCAACACCACCACCACCUCAGCUCCUACUUCACCACCACCACUCCCGCCACCACUACACCCUCGCCGACCAAUGGCCUUUUGCCACCACCUCCCAAUACCACUUCCGAUAGUGGCGGGGGGCCUCAUAUGGUGUACCCGCACUCCGUCGGUCCAUCUUCGGCCUCUGUCACCACUGCACCAGUGGAGCCCGUCAGGAGGAAGCGAGGCCGGCCGAGGAAGUAUGGUACACCGGAGCAAGCUUUGGCAGCAAAGAAAACCGCGUCUUCUCAUUCUGUUUCCAAGGAGAAGAGGGAAGGCGCUUCUUCGUCGUCUCCUUCUUACUCGGGUUCCUCAAGGAAGUCCCAACAGUUGUUUGCUCUUGGCAAUGCUGGGCAAGGUUUUACUCCACAUGUUAUAACUAUAGCUGCUGGUGAGGAUGUAGCUCAGAAACUUAUGAUGUUCAUGCAACAAAGUAGGCGUGAGAUGUGUAUUUUGUCAGCAUCUGGUUCAAUAUCGCACGCAUCCCUCCGGCAGCCUGCAACUUCUGGAGGCAACAUUACAUAUGAGGGUCGAUUUGAGAUCAUUUCACUAUCUGGAUCAUAUGUGCGCACUGAUAUUGGAGGGAGGACAGGUGGGCUUAGUGUGUGCCUGUCUAAUACAGAUGGCCAGAUCAUUGGAGGAGGAGUUGGUGGACCCCUAACUGCUGGUGGCCCUGUUCAGGUCAUUGUUGGUACGUUUCUGCUUGACACCAAGAAAGAUGUUAACACUGGCGUGAAGGUUGAUGCAUCUGCCAGUAAGUUGCCAACACCAAUUGGAGGGGCAUCGAUAUCAAACAUUGGCUUCCAUUCCCCAGUUGAAUCAUCUGGUAGGAAUCCGAUCAGGGGAAACGAUGAUCAUCCAACUAUGGGAGGAAAUCCUUUUAUGACUCAUCCUCGGGGUAUGCAUGUGGCACCUUCAAGGUCCACAGAUUGGAGGAUUGGUCCGGAUGCUAGAGUCAAUUCCGGUUAUGACUUGACAGGAAGAGUAGGCCAUGGAGCACACCAAUCUCCCGAAAAUGGGGACUAUGAAUAACUUCCAGAGUAGAGAUCAGUUUUAGGGUUUCAAACAUCAUUUUCCGGUCUCUCUUUCUCUCUCUCUCUCUCUCUAAACGACACAGUUACUUUGACGUGAAAUACAAUGUACAACCAUUUUCAUCUCCUGUGGACUGUAACAUGGCGUAUCUGUACAGGUUACUGGCACUCUCACUCUUUGUUAACUUGUGCUUUUCUCAAGUGAUCCUUUAAAGUAGUAAGUGUUGGCUUAAUAA